ACGAACCGAAGAAUAUCCAUUCUACCCUCUGCUGCCCAGUCACCGCAUGUACUUCGGCCGUGCUGGGACAUACUAUUUUGUAGAUCACUACAACAUAUUCUCCAUAAUGAAGCUGGCACUUGCCUCUCUUAUAGCCCUCGCGGCCACUUGUGCCAAUGCCCACUUCACUAUGCAGUACAUCUGGAUCAAUGGCGUUGACCAAGGACAAAAUGUCGAUAUUCGAGUGCCACCCAACAACAACCCAGUGACCGAUGUCACUUCCAAGGACCUCACCUGCAACGUUAAUGGCCUCUCCGGCUCCGGCGUCAGCACUGCUACCGUCCCUGCUGGUGCUACUAUCACCUUUGAAUGGCAUCAACACGAUCAGCGUACUGGUGAAGACGCCAUCUCGGGUGGACACAAGGGAGCAGUCCAGGUUUACGUUGCAAAGGCUCCUUCCGAUGCUGCCUCUUUCGAUGGUCAGGGUGCUGUCUGGACCAAGAUCUACUCAUCCGGUCUUGUGGACCCAUCGAGCCAAGAGUGGGCAACUGAUGUCGUGAACACUAACGGAGGAAAGCACUCUGUGACCCUUCCCGCUUCUCUUCCUGCUGGUCAAUACCUUCUCCGCGCCGAAAUUAUUGCGCUCCACGUUGCACAAUCAUACCCUGGCGCGCAAUUCUACAUUGGCUGCGCUCAGGUUAACAUCAGCGGUGGCGGUAGUGCAAGCCCUCCGAAGAUUGCUAUCCCUGGUGCCUACAAGUCGACUGACCCGGGUAUCACCGUCAACAUCUACAACAACCUCCAGGGUUACACUGCCCCCGGUGGCGCCGUCUGGUCCGGUUGAAGGAGCUUAACAGUAGUAUCUUGAGUUUUCUAGCAUAACAUCUAUACGCCUUGAACGAAUACGAUGUGUUCGAUCAAAUAUCGCUUCCGUCCGAUCAUGUCACGGAAACUUCGAUGAUUCGCGCCCUUCCCCUACAUGACUUUGAACUCUUGGUAUUUGGUCUAAUA